AUGGGCCAGAUCCAAGGAUACAAGUUUUGGGUUGUCUGCUAUAAAAGUUAUGACCAAAAGAAAUUCAGUUUUUAUUUUUCAUUAACAGACAUAUGUAGAGUGUGUCGGUCAGAAGGAACACCUGAGAAACCUCUUUAUCAUCCUUGUGUAUGUACUGGCAGUAUUAAGUUUAUACAUCAAGAAUGCUUAGUUCAGUGGCUGAAACACAGUCGAAAAGAAUACUGUGAAUUAUGCAAGCACAGAUUUGCUUUCACACCAAUUUAUUCCCCAGAUAUGCCUUCACGGCUUCCAAUUCAAGACAUAUUUGCUGGCCUGGUUACAAGUAUUGGUACUGCAAUAAGAUACUGGUUUCAUUAUACACUUGUGGCCUUUGCAUGGUUGGGAGUUGUUCCUCUUACAGCAUGCCGCAUCUACAAGUGCUUGUUUACUGGCUCCGUGAGCUCACUACUGACACUGCCGCUAGACAUGUUAUCCACGGAAAAUUUGUUGGCAGAUUGUUUGCAGGGUUGUUUCGUGGUUACAUGCACACUGUGUGCAUUCAUCAGCCUGGUGUGGUUGCGAGAGCAGAUAGUCCAUGGGGGAGCACCAAUUUGGUUGGAGCACGCUGCUCCACCCUUCAAUGCUGCUGGGCACCACCAAAAUGAGGCUCCAGCAGGAGGAAAUGGUGCAGAUAAUGCUGCUGCUGAUCAGCCUGCUAACCCACCAGCUGAGAAUGCAGUGGUAGGGGAGAACCCCGAUGCACAGGAUGAUCAGGCAGAAGAGGAGGAGGAGGACAAUGAGGAGGAAGAUGACGCUGGCGUGGAAGACGCAGCAGAUGCUAAUAAUGGAGCCCAGGAUGACAUGAACUGGAAUGCGUUAGAAUGGGACCGAGCUGCAGAAGAGCUUACAUGGGAAAGAAUGUUAGGACUUGAUGGAUCACUAGUUUUUCUGGAACAUGUCUUCUGGGUGGUGUCUUUAAAUACACUGUUCAUUCUUGUUUUUGCAUUUUGCCCUUACCACAUCGGUCAUUUCUCCCUUGUUGGUUUGGGAUUUGAAGAACACGUGAGUAUAAUACUUCUACAAACGUAAUUUAUUAUAAUUACCCACAAACUUGAUAUUUGCUGAGGCUUGGCAACUCUUGUUAAAUUUCAUAGGUCUCGUCGCUUACUAGGAGUCUGCUAUAUUGUCGUUAAGGUUUCUUUGUUAGUGGUAGUAGAAAUUGGAGUAUUCCCUCUCAUUUGUGGUUGGUGGCUGGAUAUCUGUUCACUGGAAAUGUUUGAUGCUACUCUGAAAGAUAGAGAACUGAGCUUUCAGUCGGCUCCAGGUACUACCAUGUUUCUGCAUUGGCUAGUGGGAAUGGUGUAUGUCUUCUACUUUGCUUCCUUCAUUCUGUUACUAAGAGAGGUACUUCGACCUGGUGUCUUAUGGUUUCUAAGGAAUUUGAAUGAUCCAGAUUUUAAUCCAGUUCAGGAAAUGAUCCACUUGCCUAUUUAUAGGCAUCUCCGAAGAUUUAUUUUGUCAGUGAUCGUCUUUGGCUCCAUUGUCCUCCUGAUGCUUUGGCUUCCUAUACGUAUUAUUAAGAGUCUGCUGCCUAAUUUUCUUCCAUAUAAUGUCAUGCUCUACAGCGAUGCUCCAGUGAGUGAACUGUCCCUUGAGCUGCUUCUGCUGCAGGUUGUCUUGCCAGCAUUACUUGAGCAAGGACACACCAGGCAGUGGCUGAAGGGGCUGGUGCGGGCAUGGACUGUGACCGCUGGGUAUUUGCUGGAUCUUCAUUCCUAUUUAUUGGGAGAUCAGGAAGAAAAUGAGAACAGUGCAAAUCAACAAGUCAACAAUAACCAGCAUGCUCGAAAUAACAAUGCUAUUCCUGUGGUGGGGGAAGGCCUGCAUGCAGCUCACCAAGCCAUACUCCAGCAGGGAGGGCCUGUUGGCUUUCAGCCUUACCGCCGGCCUUUAAAUUUUCCACUCAGGAUAUUUCUGUUGAUUGUCUUCAUGUGUGUAACAUUACUGAUUGCCAGUCUCAUCUGCCUUACUUUACCAGUAUUUGCUGGCCGUUGGUUAAUGUCAUUUUGGACAGGGACUGCCAAAAUCCAUGAGCUCUACACAGCUGCCUGUGGUCUCUAUGUUUGUUGGCUAACCAUAAGAGCUGUGACAGUGCUGGUGGCAUGGAUGCCCCAGGGACGCAGAGUGAUCUUCCAGAAGGUUAAAGAGUGGUCUCUCAUGAUAAUGAAGACUUUGAUAGUUGCAGUGCUGCUAGCUGGAGUUGUCCCUCUCCUCCUGGGGCUCCUGUUUGAGCUGGUUAUUGUUGCUCCCCUGAGGGUUCCCUUGGAUCAGACUCCUCUUUUUUAUCCAUGGCAGGACUGGGCACUUGGAGUCUUGCAUGCCAAGAUCAUAGCAGCUAUAACGCUGAUGGGUCCUCAGUGGUGGCUGAAAACUGUAAUUGAACAGGUGUAUGCAAAUGGCAUCCGGAACAUUGACCUUCACUAUAUCAUUCGUAAACUGGCAGCUCCAGUGAUCUCUGUGCUCUUGCUUUCCCUGUGUGUACCGUAUGUCAUAGCAUCUGGCAUUGUUCCUUUACUAGGUGUUACUGCGGAAAUGCAAAACUUAGUCCAUCGACGGAUUUAUCCAUUUUUACUGAUGGUCGUGGUAUUGAUGGGAAUCUUGUCCUUCCAGGUCCGCCAGUUUAAGCGCCUUUAUGAACAUAUUAAAAAUGACAAAUACCUUGUGGGCCAACGCCUCGUGAACUAUGAACGGAAAUCUGGCAAGCAAGGCCCAUCUCCUCCACCUCCACAGUCGUCCCAAGAAUAAAGUGGUUGUCUCAACUUCUUGACCUUCCCCUUGCCUUUACGUGUCCUUUUUUGUGGACUUCUCUCUUUGGAGAUUUUUCCAGUGAUCUCUCAGCAUUGUUUUUAAGUUAAAUGUAUUUGACUUGUGUUCUCGGCAUUAAGAGCGCAGCGAUGUAAGGCUCUGCUACUCUUCCUUGCAUCUUCUGACAUCACUGCUGUCUGAGAUCUGUAUAUGUGUAAAUAGAAGUUCCUUGAUCCCCUAAAACCUUGGAUUAAACAGAAUGUGCAUUGUACAUCUUUAAACAAAAUGUAUAUUAAUUUAUUAAAUCUAGUUGUCACUUUAUUUUGGACCUGCUGUGAUCUCGACAGGAAACAUGCCACAGAGCAGUAGUGCACAGCAAGACUUUGCAGUGCUGUCUUGUGGAGUGCAGUUGCUGGUAUUCUCACUGAGGCAACUGUACACUCUGUCUUGGCUGUUCAGACCUUACCACGAACUCAAAAGGAAACCAGUAGAAAUCAGCAGUGGAGUGCCUGUGGUAAGAAAACAUGAACUUUGUGCUUCACUGUCAGUUGUUUUUGGAAGUUCUUUUGUAUAACACCAAAGCUGUUGUACAUUUUCUACUGCCUGGUUUUUUUCAUGUGUCUGUGUUUGUAAUAUUGUAUAGUAUCUUGUGCUAGGUGAGGAGAUUACUUUUAAUUUUGAUAAUUUAAUAUUCUUAAGUGGUCAUCAUUGGGCGUUGGGCUUCUGUGCUUGUUAGGGGCAUGUCUGCACUUAGAAAAAAAUGAAAAAGUCAAAAUGAGGUUUUUUCUUAGCCCCCUACCCCGCCACAGCUAUCUCUUUGUUUUUGGUAGCAGUGGCCAAAAGUCAUGCAGGGUUUAUAAACCUUGCAGAAUAAUGUCACCAACCAUACUACAUCAUACCAGAAUUAGGACAUUUUGAGAUGUUUGUAAAGUGUAGCUGUGGUUGUGGUUCUUGACAGCGUUAGGAAAGACUGGUUAGAACAUCUAAUCUUGCUAGUUAGUGUAUCACUGGGUAAACAUUAGGAAGUACCUUUCUCCUACUUUUUCAUCAGUAAAUCCCAAAGUUUCCAAAGCUUUUCGUUUACAGAAUAAAACUACAAAUAAAACCAACUUCAUUUUAUUUGCCCAGAAGGAAGCUGGCUUUGCUGGCCUUUUAACAUAGGAAUGUAUUUUAUUGGAAAUGUGCUGUAAAAUCUCAGAGAACUGAACACUUACAAACUUGGGUUUCCCUUAUAACCAAAGCUUCACGUUAGAAGUUUAGAGAAAUAGAGUGGUUGGACACAUGAUCCAAAUAUUUAAUGGUAAUGGUAUAUUGUAAGGAUAGUGUUUGGUUUUGAAUGAUACUUUAGAAGUUCUCAUAGAAAGUGUACAACAUAGGUCUUUAGAAACUAUACAAGAGUUUUCACAUAGUAUUAAAAUUAAAAUCCUUAGACUAAAAUCUGAGGAUUUUUAAAAUAUGAAAGUUGGCCAAAUAUAAGCUACUAAAAUCAAGAGCAACAUGUUCUGGUGGUUUAAUACGUCAACAUUUUUUUUCCCUAAGUAGUAAGCAACUGCUUUAAAAAUAUAUUUUAAAAAAACAGUAUCAAAAAAAAUGCCGACAAUAGGAUUCAGUGUUACACUAUUUGGCACUUUGUAGUAGCCCUUUCUCUCGUAUUUGAAGUAAGAUCUUUGCUAACCCUACCUCUACGCAGAAAUCUAGUCCUACUGUAAAAAAUUGGGAGUAUUUUAAAAUGUAAUGCCACCUGUCAUGGUGUGUUUCUAUAUACAUUGUUCUCUUUGGGAGAAGAAUAUUGAAUUGGACGUGGAAUUAAUUGUAUUAAUUUGGGUUCUUUUUAAUUUUUGAAAGUUUGUAGAUGUUUAUAUAAAGUCAUUGGAACCAUCUGUUUUAAGAGAAAGAGAUCUAGGCAGAUACUACAAAAGGUUAAAGACUCUUAAUCUUGCAGAAUUUUAUGAAUCUUAUCAAAUGUUUUGUAAGAAAACAAAUCCAAUAGGAAUGGCAAAAAAAUUGCCCUCUGUUUCACUGGCAGAUAAUUUAUACUGUCUUACUUAACAGUCCCAUGCCAGUGGAGGGGAGGUGUCAGAGACAUGUUUAUCCCUGACACCCUCCCUCCACUGGCACAUGACUUUAAGAAUUCCCCUCUAGUUUUUCAAUUGUGCUUUGUCCUGUUGUUUUCAAUAAGAUAAAUGUUUUCAUAAGGAAAGCAUUUUCUGGCAAAGUAUUUGCUUGGGUAGCAUCCAAGUUUUAUUAUUAACCAAUAGUCUUUAAAAUAUUUAAAACUCCUAGUUCAGAAAGUGCUAGUAUUGCUGCCCUUCUUCACAUAGACUUUAAAAAAAAAAAAAUCAUAGUGUAGUUUUGUUUCAUUUUACAUUUUGAGUAAAACAAUCUUCAAGAAAGUUUGCUAGGAAAGAAGACCUUUUUGCUUUAUUUUUAUUAUUUAUAAAUUGAAGACAAAUCAGCAUUUGGGGUUAGUUUUACAUGACCACUUAUCAAAUGGUCAUAGUAUGAAGUGUGCAGUUGUUCAUUAUUAGAAAAUUAUGUUUGAUUUUUAAACUAUUAAGUACUAAUAGUUGAGAUGAGGACUGAAGAAAAAAUGCCAAUGUGAAGUUUGUGUGUAGCUAGCCUUAAAAAAGCUCCAUUUUUUUUAGGUGAUUUUUUUCCCCCCUGUUCUCUGGAGAAACAAUGGAGAUGGGACAUCUCAGUUCCAGAUGUAAACAAAAAUUAAUUUUUAUUUCAGCGUUUAAUAUACAUGUUAUUACUAUGGAUUCUUGUCUUGUGUUCUUUCUUUCCUGUAUUCAAGUAAUAGAGAAUAGUUUUCUUUCAGAUUAUUUGAUCUUAGAUAUGUCAUUUAUGUAUUGACAAAAUGCUAUUAAAGUGUAAUUCUUGAAUUUAGGUUUAAUUGAUGAUGAUUUUUUUAAACAAAACAAAAAAGGAACACUGGACCUUUCUACCUUGUACUGCGUUUGCCACCAUGCAUGCAGGUGUGCGUGCACUCAUACAGAAAGUGGUGCCAGUCUGAACACUGGCACUUUUUAAAACUUUGCAAAGUCACUUAUUUUCAUUUUCAGGAUUCAAUAUUUUAAGCUCUUUACUUACUGUGAACAAUUUUUUACAUUGUAAAAUUAAAAUAUUAUGUUUAAAAUAUUCUUUUAGAAUGUUAAUUAUUCAGUCAUCAAGAGAAAACAAUACUAAAAUGUCUUACCACUAAAGUAUUAUUAAAAGCCUCAUUCAUGGCAAUACUCUAACUUCGUUGGUUUAACUGUCUGAAUUUACCUAUUUAAUUUGCCCCUCAAUCAGAUGUUUUCUUUUUGGCCUAUUACUACCCUGUGGCAUUUUUUAAAAAUAGCCAUCAUUAGUAAGGGCUUCUUCUAAAUAAUCCCUGACAAUGUCUUUGGCAUUAAUAUAACAUAAAGAUAAGACAGUAUAUAUGUUUUCAUUCCUGUCUAUUUUGUACGAGUGCCUCAUUUUGUAGUCAUGAAAGUAACAUAAUACCUUAAAUGAAAAUGUAAUGACUAAGGCCUAGGGAUAACUGUUGUAGAAACUAAAUAGAACACUUCGUUAUUUGGGAUGUCAGUUUUCUAUUAAACACUGUAGAUACCCAGACCUGUUUUAUGUGUAUAUAUUCUAAAGUGCUCCCUUUUUUUAUGUGGUUGUUUAUUGCCUUUUAAGUUGAGAGAACGAAAUUGAAUAAAGUGAAUGUUAGUUGUA